AUUUAUUAUUUUAAUAAAAGAGAGAGAAAAGAAACAAUAAGCAAAGAAUAUUCAUAAUAAAUACUUUAUAUGGCCAGAAUAGAGGACAAUAAACGUCGUUCAAGCGACACGGAUGAACAAGGUGUCUCUAUAAGGCCUCCUCCUAAAAAGCGCUUUAUGACUCAGCAGUCGUCUAAUGAUGAUCAAGAAGAAGACACAGAGGAAUUAGCUGAUAUUUUUAAGGAGCCAUUGGAAGCCUUUCGUAAAGAGGCCAUUAUUAGACAAUGGAAAGAUUACAUGAGAUCUGCCAAUAGAUGGAAAAAAUAUGUUGAACAAGCAGAAGCUAAUAAUCUAAGAAAUGAAGAAAGCUUAAGGCUGUGGGAAGAUUCUUUUAAAAAGCUUCAAGUAUUUCUAUCAAAUGUAAUACAGGAUGGCAUGUCAAGUCUUGGCGAAGCUUUGGCAAUGAAUAUAGACAAGGGUGGUCUUGAUAUUAUUCUUGACGAAGAAUGGGCUACAAACUUGACACCCACUAUGUUAAAUGCUUAUAGAAAAAAAGAAUUUGUAGACUUGACCAUUUCGAAAUUAAAUCAUUUGGUGGAAACAUGGAUUAACAGACGAGAACAAAUCAUUACAGGUUUUGAUUCUGUAUUUGAGAAUGAUUCUUUAAAGGACACUCAACAAGAACAUAAACAAGUACUCACCCAUUGGGUUAAUGGACAGCGAUCACUUCAAGAAAUUAAGACACAAUUAAAGUCCAAAAACUUCAAACUUUUAAUGUUAAAAGAAGAAUACAGAUUGCUGAACAAACAGCUGACAGCAUCUGAAAAUAACAUACAACAAGCUCAGCUUGACCUUGAAAAGAUGGAAAAUAAAAAGUUUGUUAGCGAAGAUGUUAAGAUGGAUAUCGAAAACGAUAACAAAAAUAUCAACCAUGGUGGUGUUCCAGUAGAAGGCUCAGUGGCUACUUACAACAAUCAAGCCAUGUCUCAAGACCCGCUUUUUCAUAUUCAACAAAUGCUUAAUCAAAAGCUCCAUGAAAUCGAAAUGAUUAAAGAAGACAGAAUCGCUUUAAAACAACAGAUUGCUAGAUUGGAAAUGGACCUCAUAUGUGUGCCCGAGUCUAGAAUAUAUAAAGCAAUGAUGUGUCGACAAUUGUUUCAGACAAGAACCUACCAAAAAGAUAAAUGUAACCAUCUUUCCGAUAUAUGCCAUGAUUUACAAAUGAACGUGGAGGAUUUAUCAAGCAAUCGACGCAGAUUCAUUAGGGAUUUGGAUUAUGAACAAGUCAGUCAUUUUAAAGAUAUGGAGAGUCAGCUAAGGAAGCUUGAUACUGAUCUGACUCGUAUUCGUGGACAACGUGAUGCGCUCCAGAUGAACCUUGAAGAAAGAAAAGCAUCCAUUGAUGUCGGAAAGGCCUCGAUCGCAGAACUUAAAACUGUUGCCGAUGCCAGAAAAGAAAGAGUGAGCUACUUGGAAACCGAAUUAUUGAGACUACAGAAAAAGAUGGCAGCUAAGACGGGAGUAAAAGGAUAUUAUGAACUUGUAUCAAACAGUUCCGGAAAAGAACCAUUACUAGCACCUCUCGAAAGCGAAUUAAAGUCUAUAGAAGAAAAAGUACAGGAAUAUAAAGACAAAAUAUGCAACGCUCUUCCACAAGAAGAGGUAGAAAGUGAACUGAAGCAAUUGUCGCAAGUAAAAGAAAUACAGUUGGCAGCCACAUUAUUCAAAGAAAAAUAUGGACUCGAUCCAAUGUUAAUUGAUGACGAACAAAGCUUCGAAUUGACUCUGCGGGACAGAAUAGAAAGAGAAACAUCCAUCAUUUUGGAAGUGAAUGAAAAGUUAUCAGCGUUACAAGCAAUGGAAAAACAACUCUUAAGCGAGAUCGAGAGUGUUGCAAAAGCAUACGGAAAACUGGAGGAAGAAAAUGUGAAAAAGGUUCAAGAACUUGCUAUUUUAGAGGAUGAAAUUAUCAAGUUACAAGCGGAACGUGUAAAAUAUAGUCAAAUAUUUACAGCUUUGAAUAAAUCCAAAGAUGCCCAUGCUAUUCUUGCAAAUGCACUCAACAAACAAAUCGAGAAACAGCUAGCGUAUAUUAAACAAAUGACCGAGCGUGAAAAAAACUUGACAAAUCAAGUGACAUGUUUGGAUCGCAAACUAGCCAUCAGCAAUUCUAUUUAUGAAGUAUAUAAACAAAAAAAUGAUGAAGUGAAGCUGUUAUUAGACGAGUUAAAAGAAAAGGCACUUGUAUCUAAAGUCAAAAUCACAGAGCUUCAAAAGUCAAUUUUUGAAAAGAUUCGGUCAAUAGAGGAAAGUGCACAUGCAAGACUACGUCUAGAAGAGAGUAGAGAAUUGUUAAAACGAAAGAUGGGGGCAGUCAGUAAAUCUGAAAGACCAGCAGAGGCUAAGUUAAGAAAGGAACGAGAAGAAUACAGAUCACUGCUAAAUUGCAAUUCAUGUAAAACAAGGCUAAAAUCUCAUGUUUUGAUGCGCUGUAUGCACACAUUCUGUAAAGAGUGUCUAGAUGUGCGUAUUGAAACAAGGCAAAGAAGAUGCCCAAGUUGUGGUGAAUCAUUUAGUGUAAAUGAUGUAAAACAAUUCUACUUUUAAAACGAAUAUCUUUUGUUAUUACUUACUAGAGUUAACUACUAUGUACAUAUAUACGCACACCCUUUUUUACGCAUAUAACAUCAAUAAUAUUGUCUUAUCGUCCCCUUUCUCUAUUAAAAAAUAAAACGGCAAUUGCACUCAAUAUUUAUCACAACGAGCUCACCCUUGGGCAAAGGAUCAGAAUUGUUUUCUUUUUUGAAAG